GGAUUGUUGCACUAUGUCAGGAUUGGGUACUAUAUGUGUCUGCUGCCUGCCUUGUAUGUAUUUGGUUCUAAUCUAUCGACAAUGACAUUAUGCUGAUCCUUAUCAGACUACUUGUUGAUCGAUGCAGGUUAAGGUGUCUCUAAUAAACUCACUUUACCAGAAGACUUUGGGGUUGAGCACUGCAGCCCGGCAGAAGAAGUCUGUUGGAGAGACCGUCACACUCAUGCAGGUCGAUGCUGUGAAGGUUGGUGAUGUCAUGCCAUUUUUGCACGGGGUAUGGAGUGGGCUUCUUCAGGUAGGGCUGACCGUAGGCUUGCUGGUGAAUUUCAUCGGGUCAAGCGCAUUAGUCGGUAUUACACUAAUAUUGUUCACAUUUCCUCUUCAAACGGCUAUUGUCAACCGAAUGAUUGCCUGCCAGAAGGAUAUAAUGACACAUACUUCAGAACGUGUGAAGGUUCUCAAUGAGGUCAUCCAAGGCAUACGAGUGGUGAAGAGCUCAGCGUGGGAGAGGCCUUUUAAAGCUUCAGUUGAAGAGUCUAGGGCAAAGGAGCUAAAAGCUAUUCUCAAGAGAGUUGUCCUUCGAGCAACCCAUGUCACUCUCAUGCUUUCAACUCCCCUGCUCAUCAUGGUGGCCACAUUCGCGUUUUACACAAAGGUGCAGAGGCGGCAACUCAUUCCCUCCACUAUAUUUACUGCAGUGUCUCUGUUUACUGCACUUAGGAAUCCGCUGAUGAUGUAUCCGAUGGUGGUUAACAACCUUAUCUCAGCCCAUAUUUCUGUGAAACGGAUCGAUGCAUUUUUGAAGCUCGAUGAUGUUAAGCUGGUUAACAGACAAGCCAGUCAUACAAGUGAUGCAGCCAGCAGUGACAACGACGAAUCGGAUGGCAAGAAGCCUCUCUGUGCUAUUGAGAUUGAAGGUGACUUCCAAUGGAUAACAUUACCUCCAGAUUCCAAGAAAUCAAAAUCCUCUAAGGCAGGCAAGGGCUCUUCUGCAAAAUCAAGUGAUUCAGCAGUGGUAGGACCAGUUGGGAGUGGAAAAAGCUCGUUCGUAUCCGCACUACUGGGAGAUAUGGAACAGAAGAAGGGACCACCAAUCGUCAUCAGAGGAUCACUCGCAUACUGCAGCCAACAGGCAUGGAUCAUGAAUGCAACUGUAAGAGACAACAUACUGUUUGGAAAAGAGUUCGAUGAAAUCACAUACGAUGCGGUCCUUUCAGCAUGCGCUCUCGAACAGGAUCUGGAGGCUCUUCCAAAUGGGGAUUUAACUGAGAUUGGGGAGAGGGGAAUCAACCUUAGCGGAGGACAGAAACAACGUGUUUCGCUAGCGAGAGCCGUGUAUGCAGAUGCAGACAUUUAUGUGCUUGACGAUCCUUUGAGUGCAGUGGAUGCACAUGUGGGGGCACAUUUAUUCCACCAUUGCAUAAAUGGUUCAUUGGCAAACAAGACGCGUGUCUUCGUCACCAAUCAGCUUCAGUUUGUGCCGGAGGCAGACUCUAUCCUGAUCAUGAAGGAGGGAAGAACUGUCCAGCAGGGGACGUACAAGGAGCUGAUGAAGUUAGGUACGGACUUCUCCCAACUUAUGAAAGGAUCGGGUGCGGAUAAAGCGGACAACACAUCAGAGGAUGCUCCAGAGUCUGACUCCAAGGGAGGUGCCUUGAAGAAAAAAGAGUCUUCUGACAAGCUGAAGGGGAGCGCAAAACAGCAGGCAAACAAGAAGGGUGCUGCUAAGGUGGGAAGCAACACUGGGUACACACAAGAACAUUGACAAUAAUUUACACAGUUCAUAACUUCAUACUUCAAAAAUUUAAAUCCAAAGUUCAAAG